UCUAGAUGCAGAGCACCUGCGGGCGUGGACUCUUGUUGAGCCUGGCUGUGGUGGCGGCGGCAGUGUUGGCAGCACGGCUAAUGGGCUGGUGGGGUCCCCGCGCCGUCUUUCGCCUUUUCAUACCCGAGGAGCUGGCCCGGUACCGCGGCAGGCCAGGGGAUCCGGGCCUUUACUUGGCAUUGCUCGGCCGCGUCUACGACGUGUCCUCUGGCCGAAGGCACUACGAGCCUGGGGCACACUAUAGCGGCUUUGCAGGCCGAGAUGCAUCCAGAGCAUUUGUGACUGGAGACUACACUGAAGCAGGCCUUGUGGAUGAUGUAAUUGAUCUGUCCUUCUCUGAGAUGCUGAUACUUCAAAAUUGGAUUUUAUUCUAUGAGAAGAAUUAUGUUUUUGUUGGAAGGGUGAUAGGAAGGUUCUAUGGAGAAGAUGGGCAGCCAACCCCAGAACUGAUUCAGGUGGAAGCCAUGAUGGUCAAAGGCCUGGAGGCAAAUAAACGGGAACAGAAAGAGAAGCAGAAGUUCCCACCCUGCAAUGCUGAGUGGAGUGCCACCAAGGGUAGCCGCUUCUGGUGUUCCCAAAAGAGUGGAGGUGUGAGCAGAGACUGGAUUGGCGUCCCCAGAAAGCUAUAUAAGCCAGGAGCCAAGGAACCCCGCUGUGUGUGUGUGAGAACAACCGGCCCCCCUAGUGACCAGCUGCCUGACAACCCUAUACACACAAAUCGUGGGGACUUGGAUGACCCCAACUUGGGGGAAUACACAGGCUGCCCGCCUCUGGCCAUCACAUGCUCCUUCCCACUCUAAGCUGACACCCUGAAUCUUGAUAACACAGGGAACCCUGCCGAGAACUUAUGCUUCUGUGUCCUAGGAUGGCCCUUGGCAAGAGACAGAAAGGUCUUGAAGGAAUCUGACCACAUCCUGCAAAUGUGCCUCACCAUGGGCUCCCCAUUCUGGUGACAGGCAAGAGAUUGGCAGCCAGCCUCAUGCUUGUCUGCCUGUUCUGACACUAUUCCUCCUAGGCCUAUUUGUGAUCUUCCUUCAGAGCCCUCAGAAAUUAAUGGGCACAGAUAUGACCAAUUCAGAAAUAAUGGGAUAAACAAGGGGAAAGCUCUGAGCUUUCUUUCCUAUGGACUCCCAAGCUGCCUAAUCAGCUGCCAGCCUGGGCCCUGCCCAUAACCCCAGCUCUGUCAGCAUCUGAAGCAGUGGCAGAAAGGGGCAAUGUCUCAGCAGAUACAACCCAAGAAACUGUGCACGUUAACAGCACCAGCAGAAAGAAGAACACUUGUGAUCACUGACUUUCAUGACUUUUCUUCUGACUUCCACCCCAAGGCAAACUUGAAUUUACAACCAAAAGCCCGUUGGCUUGAUUAGAGCUCCUGCAAUAAGUAAGCAUGGAUAAUAAAAUGGGGUAGGCCAAUUCUGGAAUUGGAAAGUUUUUGCACAUACAUGGCUGCAGUAAAUCCAUGUGUCUCUGAACAAAAUAACAAUUUAAAGCAAGGAUAUUCUUUUAAACACUUAAAAUCAGGUGUGGUGUGUUUAUAAUGGGAGAAGUCUGCAUAGUGAUUGAAAGGUAGUUUUGCUAUAAAGUUAAGUGAUUAGCCUAACAUCAACAUCUAGGCAAGACUGCAAAUGUCAUUGCAAAGAGCCCUGACUCAAAGUGGCUGGGCUUACAACCUGUCCAGCAGUGUGUAUGUCUAAGGUCAUCUGUAAUCACCUACACUUGACAAAUUUCAUACUCAGUUACCUUUUUUUUUUUUUUUUUUUUUGUGGUGCUGGGGAUUGAGUCCAUGGCCUUGUGCAUGAGAGGCAAGCACUUUACCAACUGAGUUAUAUCCCCACCCCUCUCAGUUAUUUCUUGAAUUCUUAUUAAGUAGAUGAGGGCAAGGAAUGUUUCUGGUUCACAGAUAAGGACAUGAAGACUGAUGCUGUUACAGGUUGUGGGCUUACCUUAUCUGAGCCUUCCCCUCAGCUCUCUCUCCAUCCCCACCCCAGGCCUACCCCACCUAGACCUGUACCUCUUCCUGUCUCUUGCCCUUCCCUUUGAGUAUGCAUUAAAGAGGUCACUUCUAUGACAUCACAAAUAAAACACUGUCCCUCAACCCCAUGGUAGUGGGUAAUUAUCAUACCUACUUCCUAUUACAGCCAAGCAUUUUGAAAGAAUAGCUUAUACUCAGGAUCUUUGUUUUUCAACCCUAAUUUGCUAUGUAGCAGUCACCUGCCUUCUCUACUCAGUAGCAAGAUCAAUUCUGUACUGGUAAACACCAUAGUCACAGUCAGUUCUUAUCUACCUUGAGCUCUUGAUCCUGUUGACCAUGAGGUCCUCCAUGGAACCCUUUUGGCUUUAUCCUGGUUUCCUUUUCUCCCUCUGACUCUUCCUUCUCUCCCUCUGACUCUUCCUUCUCAGUCUCCUUGAACACCUGGCCUCCCCCAUGAACCUCUUUCUACUGGCUCUCCUCCCUCCUAUUUCAGCAGCCACUUUUACUGCCAGGCUUUACCUCCAGAAUGAGGAGCUUUCCAGAGUCUUCCCCGUGUUUGAUACUGUUUUCAUCAUUCCACCCACAGCCCUUGUUCUCCAGGAGAGCAGCACCUCCAUCUCCACCUGACCCCAAGAAAAAGUCCUGGCAAUUGGUCAUAGCUCCUUCCUCCCUCCUUCCCACCACUCUCCAAAUCCUGCAAGUCCUACUUCCUCAGUUCUCUUGCCAUUCCUGUAUCUAUUCCUGAACUAUUCUGGAACUACUGCAGGAGUCCACACUCCUUCCUCCACACUGCUGCAAGUCAUCUUUCCUUGCAAUGACAGGGCUCACCAUACCCCAGUGAAGCCUCAGUGGCUCCCUACAUCUACAAGGACUAAGUGCCAGAUCUCCAGAACCUUUGCAAAGGUGGCUUUUCUGUGGCCUAUCUCCUUCUAGUCCCUGUAUCUCCUGUAUCCUCCCAUGUACAUCUGCUCUCCAGCCUUCCUCUCAAAGUAUUAUGCCUACAAUGCCUUCACACACGUGGUUUCCUCUGCCUAGAACAAUAUCUUCUCUGCUUUUUUCUUCAAAAUCCAGCCUCUCUAGGAUGCCUUCAUUAACCACUGGCCCAGAGGCUGGAUUUAAAUGCAUUUGCCCUAAGUUCCCAUAGCACUCUGUUCACUCCCAUAAGAAUAUAUCAGUGUGCUUUAGCCAUGCAUUUCCUAUCAGCCUCUUUUCAGUGGAUCACACUGAGGACAGAAGCGCAGGUUCUUCAGCUUUGUACACACAUAUUCACAGUCCUCAACAUGUGGCAAGGGCACAGGGUUAGAUCUAUUUUGGCAAUGAGGCAACUAAGGCCCCCUAAACUUAAGAUGCCAGAGCAAUGCAGCUGAGCCUGGAAUUUGGUUUUUGACUCCUGAUUCAGUGCUAUUUCCAUUCCGCCACAUUUUUGCAUGUCUGCUCUCUCUGGGGCAGAAGCAGAAAGCAGGAGAGCUGAAAUUAGGACCUUUUUCUGAGUUUCCUGCAGCUCUGAGGUCAGUGCCUGAGGCUCCUCUGUUGACUGGAAACUAAUCACUCCUUUGGUCAUUCAGCAAGUACCAUUAAGACCUUACUAAGUUCCUACUAAGUCUGGGUGAUGUGGUGCAGGCCCUGUAAUCCCAGUGGCCUGGAGGCUGAGGCAGGGAUUUCUCAAGCCAGCCUCAGCAACUC